CGUCCAACGAUUAGGCAUUUACCUAUUUCAACCAACCCGAAAGCUUAUUUAGCGAGACUCACCUCCCCCUGGAAGAACAAGCUUAGAAGCUAAUCGGCCUUAAGAAAAAAGGUUAAGGUCAGAUUCAUUCACCUCAAUCACUAACACCGGACACCACAAACAUGGCAUCUCCAGAGCUUGACCUCAGCAUCCCACACGCGGAACCAGCGCUGGUGAGAGAUCUGCACGAAUGCUCCACGCAGGAGUCGUCCAUCGCUCUGUACACCAUGGUUCCCAACAUGCCAAACUCACGACUAGAAGAGAUAGCGUCCAAGCAUCAAGGGGAUUGGGAGUCGCAGUUCGAGCAGAGUUCGCAGCUCGUGCGGCCCGCCAGACCUACCGCCAACUUCGCGGGCCAGACCUUACGCGACAUCAUCAACGCACACAUAGCUAUGGACAAGGAGUUGCAGCCCGCGGAAGAGGGCGCAGCAUCCGCCGGCUGGAGACCCGAGUCGUUCAUCGUCGUCACCAAGGAUGACUUGGAGGACCACGGGCUGUUGUUCGUCUACGCACAGCUGGAGGACGGAGAUGAGGAUGACGAUGAAGAAGAUAAGACGGCGGAAGGCGAGAUGGGCAAGUUCUUCUUCCGUCCGGACGAUAUGUUCGAAAUGCUGUUCGAACUCACGCUAGAAAGCUACGGCUACCCCGACUUGGAGGAGAAGUAUAACAUGGAUGGAGAAGGGGGUGAUGGAGAUGGAGAUGACGAAUGAGCGUUAAAUUUGCAGGAGCAUAGACGCUAUGAGAGGGAUACUCGCCGAAGAGAGACAAAUACACACAAUCGUGGCUCAUACGGGACGAGCCGUUAUUAGAUGUUGAAAUUUCGUAUGAACACAUUCGCAAUAAAAAAGUUUAAGCUAA